AUGAUCCCCGAUUUGAACAACUUUCACGAUGAUCCCAAUAUGACAUUUCUUGAUGUGACAUGGCAAGACGAUGAUGGGCACAGUGCUUUGAUGUUAGCCGCCAAUGAGGACAGGCAGAAUCACGUAAAAAUGAUAUUGGCCAUUGCGACGAGAUCCGGCAAGUUGUCACAGGUAUUGGACAUGCGAAAUAACGAGGGUUUAACAGCGAUUGAGUUGGCGAGGAGCAAUGGGAACACUGUUUGCGAGAAACUCAUCGAAGCCUACUCCCAAAUACAAACGAGAGAUCGGAGACCGAGCCGAUCAAACUCGCGGACAAGUCUCGUCGGUCGGGCUGGCUCGUUAAAUUUCGAGGAUGAGGCCAAUGAGAAUGAUAUUCAAAUUGAAUUAGUGCCAUCAACAGCUCCUCAAAAUUUCCGCCUCACUCGUGACAAGAUCUCGAAUAAUACGAGGAGAAUGCCCCCGCAUAGAGAUAUGAGAAUGAGGAGGAGCCGAUCCUCGCAAAGCCGCCUUUUCAUCAGCCAUCAACGCACGAUUUCCACUGAUUCUUUACCAACACCGCCACCGGUUCAGACUCCACCCAUCGGACUAAUCUCGACGAUCAAAGAGGGUUUUAUGAGUUUGGUCGGGAAAAAGGAUGAUCCAAAGCAAAAAGAACGAGAAGAGCUCGCUACAAGACUCCGCUAUCCGAUUGAGAAAGAUCGAAAAGCUUUGAAUGAAUCAUUCGACGACUCAGCAACCUCAUUCCUCCGCUCACAACCAGCCGGCGACACGUUGCCGUCAUUCAGGAAAGAUGAACAAGAAAAGGAUAAUGCUUUCCGCUCUUCACCGUGGGGCCAAGAUGAGUCGGGACAACCCCAGCCGCAAAAUAUAGCUGGAGUUCGACUGCCGCCAUUGCUUUCGAUGAGACGACGAGCUGGCAGUGAUACAAUGAAGACUAGCGUUGGUGUUGGGGCUUACCUCGAGAAAAGGCUUCCAGCAAAAGAGGAAGAGGUUCAAGUUGAAGGAGAGAUCCCAAAGCAAGUUCUCGAGAAUUUGCGGGAUGUCCUCUGGAUGGCA